CUUGAAAUAAGUUCUCUUUCAGACUCACUGAGGGUCACAACAGUAAAAUGUCUGAGGCUGAUGGAAUAGUGUACUCUGAUGUUAAGUUCACAAGACCGAAGAGAAACACCAGUGGGACCGUUUCCUCAGAGGCUGAACCCACAUACUCUGAAGUCAGGUACUUGAAGACUCAGCCAUCCACAGAGCUCCCUGGUUCCCAACAACACCCAGUGUCAAAUGGAGGGUCAAAGGUCACACCAGAGAGAGUGGUCAUAGUAGUUCUCAGUGCUCUCCUGGCAGCUGCUGUCAUCGCUCUCGGCUUUACCUAUUCUAAAAACAUUCAAACCAUGAAACGUCUCCAAAAUCUGUCAGCAGUGAACAAAAAUCUCACAGAGAGACGCUGUGAAGUAAAAUCAUGCAACACGGUGCAGCAAACAUGUCCACAACCUCCUGUAGUAAAAGAAAAUGACUCAUGUACAAAAUGUGAACAUGGCUGGGAGCAGCAUGGAAGACAGUGUUAUUAUUUCUCCAUCAAUCAUUUAACCUGGAAUAACAGCAGAGAUGAAUGCCAACAGAAAGGAGGAGAUCUGGUUCAGAUAGACAGCAGAGAGGAGCAGACAUUCCUGGAGCUGAAACUGAGAGAAAAAAUGAACUCUGAUGAGGACAAGUUCUGGAUCGGACUGACAGACUCAGAGAAAGAGGGCACAUGGUUGUGGGUAGACGGCUCACCACUGAACGAGAGGUUGACAUUUUGGAACGGCAGUGAGCCAGAUAACUGGACAGUGGGAGAUCGUGAUGGAGAGGACUGUGUGAGGAUGGGAGAGAAAACAGGAGCUCCUGAUCUGAAAUGUUGGUUUGAUGAAUCCUGCAAAGCGUCUUUCAGAUAUAUUUGUGAGAAACCAGCAGAAACUGGACAUUGUAAGUGUCUGAAGUUUAAAUGAAGUCUCAGCCUCUUAAACAAUCUACUUUAUCUACUCUAUUUAAUCAAGAUACAGAAUUUGGAGAUGUUUUAUUUUUAUAUGUGUAAUGUUACAAUAAAUGAAUAAAUAAGGAAAAUAUUAAAAUGCAGUUUUUUUAAUGUGGCCAACAAUACUAUUAUAUAUUAUAUCAUCAGACUAUAGUAUUCUUAUGUAUUAAUGGAAAAGCAGCUUUUUACUGUCAUAGUUUGUUGAGG